CCAAAAUCCCUCCCUUCUCUCUCUCGGUUUUCACAGAUCGAAAAUUCUCUCUCUGUCCUGUCAUUUCCGCGAAAGAGAUGCUGAAAUUCCUGAAAGGCGUCGUUGCCGGAUCCGGCACGGGCCUGAAAGAUCUGCCGUACAACAUCGGAGAGCCCUACUCCUCAGCAUGGGGCUCCUGGGCCCACCACCGAGGCACCUCAAAGGAUGAUGGGUCUUUGGUGUCCAUAUUUUCUCUUUCAGGAAGUAAUCCCCAAGAUGGACACUUGACUGCUGGUCGUAAUGGUGUCAAACGCUUGAGGACGGUUAGACAUCCAAAUAUCUUGUCGUUUCUUCAUAGUACUGAGGCCGAAGCUUUGGAUGGCUCCAAUAAUAAGCAUACUAUUUAUAUUGUAACAGAGCCUGUUAUGCCACUGUCAGAAAAAAUAAAGGAAUUAGGUUUAGAAGGCACACAAAGGGAUGAGUACUAUGCGUGGGGAUUGCAUCAAAUAGCUAAGGCUGUGAGCUUCCUAAAUAAUGAUUGCAAACUUGUUCAUGGCAAUGUGUGCUUGGCCAGUGUUGUUGUCACACAAACUUUGGACUGGAAGCUGCAUGCUUUUGAUGUGUUGUCAGAGUUUGAUGGGAACAGUGAGACUUCUACUGGACCAAUGCUGCAAUUCGAAUGGCUAAUCGGAGCACAAUACAAACCGAUGGAGUUACUAAAGUCCGACUGGGCAACAAUCCGAAAGUCUCCACCAUGGGCGAUUGAUUCGUGGGGCUUGGGUUGUCUGAUUUAUGAGAUUUUUUCUGGUGUGAAGCUGGCCAGAACUGAAGAUCUUCAAAACACUACUUCGAUUCCAAAGUCUCUGCUUCCAGAUUAUCGGAGGCUUUUGAGUUCAAUGCCCUCUCGCAGACUGAAUAGUUCAAAGCUUGAUAAUAGCGAAUAUUUUCAGAAUAAGUUGGUAGAGACUAUACAGUUUAUGGAGGUUUUAAAUUUGAAAGACAGUGUUGAAAAAGAUUCCUUUUUCCGUAAGCUUCCCAACUUAGCUGAACAGCUCCCUCGCCAGAUUGUGCUGAAGAAGCUACUUCCAUUAUUAGCAUCUGCGCUAGAAUUUGGUUCAGCUGCUGCUCCCGCCUUGGCUGCAUUAUUGAAAAUGGGUUCUUGGCUUUCAGUGGAUGAAUUCAAUGUCAAGGUACUACCUACUAUUGUGAAACUUUUUGCCUCCAAUGACCGAGCUAUUCGGGUUGGUCUGCUGCAGCACGUUGAUCAGUUUGGAGAAUCAUUAUCAGCUCAAGUGGUUGAUGAGCAAGUUUUCCCCCAUGUUGCCACUGGUUUCUCUGAUACAUCUGCUUUUCUUCGAGAAUUAACGCUUAAAUCCAUGCUUAUUUUGGCUCCUAAGUUGUCCCAGCGUACUCUUUCAGGAACUUUACUGAAGUAUCUUUCAAAGCUACAGGUGGAUGAAGAACCAGCAAUUAGAACGAACACUACCAUCCUACUCGGGAAUAUAGCCAACUAUCUUAAUGAGGGGACAAGGAAGAGAGUUUUGAUUAAUGCAUUUACUGUACGUGCAUUGCGUGAUACUUUCUCUCCGGCUCGUGCAGCAGGAAUUAUGGCUUUAUGUGCCACCAGCGCAUAUUAUGACAUGACAGAGAUUGCAACUCGCAUUCUGCCAAAUGUUGUUAUACUUACUAUUGAUGCAGACAGUGAUGUCAGAACAAAAGCAUUUCAGGCCAUAGAUCAAUUUAUGCAGAUAGCAAAGCAAUAUCAUGAAAAGUUAACGACGGGAGAUACAAGUGGAGCUGCAGGCAUUGGGAUUCCAUCAAUGCCUGGAAAUGCAAGCUUGCUUGGGUGGGCUAUGAGCUCCUUGACGCUCAAGGGUAAAGCUUCUGAACAGGCUCCAGUUGCUUCUGCAAAUAAUAACACACCACUUGUUGCUGCUACAUCUAAUGCCAGCUCAGAUACCCCAGAUAGCAUGGCAGCGCAUGUGACCGCCACACACGCAAGCUACAGUACCGACUCAGCGGAUCAACCCAUUCCUGCAUCUCCCACAUCAACUGACGGUUGGGGAGAACUCGAGAAUGGAAUCCAUGAUGAUCGUGAUGAUGAUAAAGAUGGGUGGGACGACAUCGAGCCACAUGAGGAACAGAAGCCCCCUCCAGCUCUUGCCAACAUACAGGCUGCUCAGAAACGGCCAGUCGUGCAACCCAAGCAGCCAGCUACAACUGCUCGGCCCAAAAAUACAAUGAAGCCGGCCAAGCAAGAAGAUGAUGAUCUGUGGGGAUCCAUUGCCGCACCAGCACCGAAAACAGCAUCGAAGCCUUUGAGUUCGAAGGCUGCAGAGGUGCACGAUGAUGAUGAUGAUGACCCGUGGGGUGCUAUUGCUGCGCCUGCACCAAAAACGACAUCCAAACCUCUGAAUGUGAAGUCGGCCACACAACAUGAUAAUGAUGAUCCAUGGGCCGCUAUCGCCGCUCCCCCUCCCACGACCAAAGUCAAGCCUCUGGGUGUUGGCAGAGGGCGAGGGGCCAAAGCCACCCCCUUGAAGUUGGGCGCGCAGAAAAUAAAUCGGACUUCCUGACUUCCAGCGUUUGUUUAAAGGCUUCUUCAGCAUCAAGAUCUGUAAUAUUCUUUUUAGCUUGAGUUCCUUUUGCCCAUGUUGCUCAGGAUCACCCUCAUCUGUCAACCCAUCGGGCCCACACUCUGGAUAUGGUCAGAUGAUCUGAACCAUUCAUUCACUUGUCACUAUUUUGAAUUGCCUAUUGUGCAAUUACCAUCCCAACAAUUCAUUCGCGGUCAGGAUCAUCUCAUCAGAGUCAAUUUUAUAUUUCCCUAUUUAGGGUUGCACCAUGGAUGGUUCUGGUCAAGAAUCCGUUACAUGUGGGCCCCAGUGUGAACACAUGCUGGUGGUCUUGAGCAGCAACAUAAGCAAAACCAACUCUUUUCAACAUUUAUUUGUAAUGAUUCUUUUGAGCGUAUUUGUUGGGGUUUUUCAGCUUUUGACUUAGGUGGAAGGAUUACAGUGCUGGUUUGCAGGGAUGGGCCAGGGAUUGGUGGGACGCCCCACGCACGUCCCAACAUGGAGACUGUGUGCGGCAUCAGGGCCAUUCAUGAGACAGAAUGCUCUGCAAAUAUGCUGUGCACAAAAAGGUUUUACCUGUCCCAUUUGUCAGAUGGGCCACAUUUGUACAGGAAAAUGGACCAAAUGAACCCAUACGACCUGCUUACAGUGCACCCACUUGAUAAAUGGCCUGGAUCUCUCAAAUGUCCGUGGGCCCAUCUGCUGUGGAUUGCCAGUUUACUAUUGUGUUCUUCGUUAGGGUUGGGAUUGUUUUGGAAGUGUAUAUGUGUGAUGGAAGACCUUUAGAGGAAUAUAAAGAUCUUAUGUUUUCCUAUUCA